AUGCCCAUUUCAAACACCCUCGUCAACCGCACCUCCUUCUCCGCCGCCGACAUCGUCAAAGACAUCUGGACAAGCCUCCACCUGCCCCCUCACGCCCUCGCCUCCGUCGUCCUCCCCGACCACCACCAACAAACACCCGGCCCAGCAGCGCCGUCGUCCUUCAAAAUCGGCCAUCUCGCGCAGAGCUCCAUUGCCCUCUCCGCCCUCGCAGCGGCUCUCGUCCACAGCGGCCGACGACCUCCAUCUUCCUCUUCUUCUUCUUCUUCAUCUCAAAACACCACAACCUCCUCCUCAUCCUCCUCCUCCUCAUCAUCAUCAUCACCACCACCAAAAAUCCCCCGAGUGACCGUCCCCCUGCACCACGCCCUCCUGGAAUUCAAAUCCGAACGCCUCUACUCCAUCGACAACCGCCCCCCCGAAUCCCCCUGGGGCUCCAUCGGCGGCCUCCACGCCACCGCUGACGGCCACGUCCGCAUCCACGACAACUUCCCCCACCACGCCCUCGGCACCCUCUCCCUCCUGUCCCUGCCCCCCGCCGCCACCCGGCAGGACGUCGCCGACAAGGUCCUCCGCUGGAAAGCCGUCGACCUCGAGACCGCCGCCACGGAAAGGGGCAAGCUCGCCAUCUACGCCCUCCGCUCGUACGCCGAAUGGGACGCCCAUCCCCAGGCCGCAGCCACGCCCAACUACCCCAUCGUCCUCCGCCCCCUCCUCCUCGACCCUACAUCAUCAUCAUCAUCAUCACCGCCAAAGCCUCUGCCCCCUAGCACCUCCUCCUCUUCUCCAUCAGGGUGUCUCAAAGGUCUCCGCGUCCUCGAACUGUCCCGCGUCAUCGCCGCCCCCGUGGCAGGCCGCACCCUCGCCGCCCACGGCGCCGACGUCCUCUGGGUCACAUCCCCCUCCCUCCCCGACCAGCCAUCCCUCGACAGGGACCUCUCCCGCGGCAAGCGCACCAUCCAGCUCGACAUACACUCCCCCGCCGACAAGCAGACGCUCCUCGAGCUGCUGCGCACCUGCGACGUCUUCAUCCAGGGGUACCGCCCGGGCAGCCUCGCCUCCUACGGCCUCUCGCCCGAUGACGCGGCGCGCAUCAACCCGCACGUCGUCUGCGCCAACCUCUCCGCGUUCGGGCCCCACGGGCCCUGGGCCGGGCGCAGGGGCUUCGACUCCCUCGUCCAGACGUGCUCCGGCAUCAACGUCUCCGAAGCGGCCCACUUCGGCGCCGCCGGAGAGCCCGCCCGCGCGCUGCCCUGCCAGGCGCUCGACCACGCGGCGGGCUACCUCCUCGCCACGGGCAUCUCCGCCGCCUUGCACCGCCGCGCGACGCAGGGCGGCUCCUGGGUCGUCGACGUUUCGCUCGCGGGCGUCAGCAAGUACCUGCGCAGCCUGGGCCAGUAUCCGGGCAGGACGGGCUUCGAAGGAGUGGCAGACGACGUGACGACGCAGGAUCGUGUGCCGGGGGAGUGUCUCGAGACGAGGGAGACGGCGUUUGGGAGCAUGGUUGCGGUGCGGCAUAGUGCUUCUGUGGAGGGGUGUGAGGUGGGAUGGGGGGAGAUGCCGAAGCCGCUGGGGUCUGAUGAGGCGCGGUGGUUGGAGUGA